UUACCUUUUUUAAGUUGCCAAACGCCCCAGCUACCUGCGCCACUGGUUGCUCAGGAUCAGGCGAGGCUAAUCAACACGGCUUCGUGCAUAAGAAAAAGCCAGGUCCCAGGUCAUCAUGGAAAAAGCAUUUGUUGUAUCCACGACUGUGGCAGUGGUGAGCUCUGGUCUAGCAGCAUGGGCUAUGUACAAGUGGCUUGAUACUCGAGACACUCUUUUAACACAUCUAGACAAAUACAAUGACAUGAAGGAAGUGCAUAGGCAGUUGUUACAUCACUAUGGCAAAUCAAAGAACCUGCCAAAAUUGAGUGAAAUUGUUCCAGGAGAGGCUGACAGGUAUCACCCACAUUUGGCCAAGUUUUGUAGUGACAUGUGUGAGAAGCACAAGGUUUCAAGAGGACGCAUCCUUGAUGUUGGCUGUGGCCUGGUGGCACCUCCUUUCACCUUUCCAAUUAUUUCACAAAAGUUAUAG